UAUAGAUAUAUAAAUUGUGUAUAGUAGAUGUUGACCGACGACGAAUACGAUUAUCUCUUCAAGCUUGUCCUUAUUGGUGAUUCAGGCGUUGGCAAGUCUAACCUGCUCUCUCGCUUUACCACCAAUGAGUUCAAUCUAGAGUCCAAGAGUACAAUUGGCGUCGAAUUCGCCACAAAGAACAUUAAGCAUGAGAACCAUGUCAUCAAGGCACAGAUCUGGGAUACCAGUGGUCAAGAAAGAUACAGAGCCAUUACUGGAGCUUAUUACCGUGGUGCAGUAGGAGCUUUGCUGGUUUAUGAUAUCACCCGGCAAUCAUCUUUCCAAAACGCAACCCAUUGGCUCAAGGAACUGCGGGAUCAUGCAGAUGCCAACAUUGUGAUUAUGUUUGUUGGAAACAAACUCGAUUUGAGUGAUACGAGCCGUGCAGUGAGCAGUGAGGAAGGUGGUGCGUUGGCUGAGCAAGAAGGCUUCUUGUUUAUGGAAACCUCCGCUCUGGACGCCACCAAUGUCGAAAAGGCAUUUGCCACAGUCUUUAGCACAAUCUAUGCCAAACAGCCAAAGUCAGGCGAAACUCAGCCCGGCCAGGCAGGUGGCCCAACCCCCACAGCAGGCGAGCGUGUUCAGCUCAGACCCCCAAGUGUACGUGGUCAGCCCCGUGGAAGUAUGGACGAGUCAAAGGAAGGUCGUAAGAGAUCGGCUGAAGGCUCCAAUGGAUCAGGAGGAGGAUGUUGUUAAAAAAAAGAGAGAGAGAGAGAAGAUAUAUAUAUAUAUAAUUGUGUGUGUAAAGGAUGAAUAAAUGAACAAGUGAAUUAUUGAAACAAACAAA